AACCUUUUGGUUAGCAGCCGUAGCUCUUAACUGUACCACCAAGGCUUCUUAGGUUAGUAGUCGAGUGCAGACAAUUUGUACCACUCAGGGACCUUUACACCUACAAAAAAGGGUUAAUAUCUACCGUCUAGGAUUGUGAGGACUAUACAAGAUCAUGAAGGGACUUAAUAAGCAGUAGAUGUUUUCUCAGAAACACUGUAUCACUUGAGCAGUCAGUGGACCAGAGGGAUUUGAAUAUAUUCAGUUUACUGACCUGAACUGAGGCAGCUAAAAGAAUGGUAGAGCUGGAAAGCACCUCAGAAAUCUUUGGGCCCUAAUGACUCCGGAAGUGGAGCAGGAGUGAACUGUUUACAGUAUUUCCAAAUGAUAAAGGAAAUCACAUACCCUUGAUACAGUUUCAAGUUUCUUCACUUUUAUCUGGAAUUGUAUCAACUCAAGGUGCUAACAUAGUUACCACAUGCUGUUCAGGAGUCUGAUCAGCAGUUACAUGUUUCUGGUUUUUGUUUUGUUUUUUAAUAGGAAAAUAAUUAGUGGAGGUGGAUUCAAUGUUGGAAAACCCGUUAAUCUUGUCUAACUUCUCACUUCAUAAACAGGGAAGCUGAGGUUUAAAGAAGGAAGUGGCUUGCUCAGUCACACAGCUAGUAAGUGAUAGAGCAGGCUCUAAACUCAGGCUCUUUUUGUGGAACCAGUUACUUUCUCUCUUUCCACUCCAGAGAAGGGGAAUCUGGGAUCAAUGAAGCUGAGCACUUUUGGUCCGUUGGAUCAGGAAUGAAAGUGACUCAUCAAUUUGCUGUUUCCCUUUCUCUAUUCUUGACUCAUUCGGCAAAUAUUUACUGACUGUCCACACGAUCUGGACUCAGAAGAGAAGGCAGAGAUAAAACAGUCAUGGCCACACAUAGGCAGAGUCAGGAUGUGUGCCCAGAUAUGACUUCAGAAUCUGAGCUUUUUCUACCACUCUGCCUUCUAAUAUACAUCCAGAUUCUGAACAGUGUCUGAAGGCUGGGGCUGUCCCAUUUGUACAUGUCCUAACCCUCCUGGCAGCCAGUAAGCACAAAAUCAUUGCUGAGAACACCACUAUGGUGUUGAAAACACCUGAAUUCUAAUCCUUACUUUGCCACUAACUCUAUGUCUUUGAAAUAAGUUUGCUGCUUUCUCUGGGCCUUAGUUUAAUCGUCUGUAAAAGCGGAACAGUAGGAAAAUCACGUAUGUGUGAAAGAGCUUGUAAAUUCAAGUUGUCCCAGAAUCUAACUAGGAGAAGAAAACAUUGGGAACCUAGGGUGAAAAUAGUCAACGUUAAUCACUUCGUUAAACUCCAAACACUGUACCUUAGACUCUGGUCUCCUUCUCUCUCCCCUAGCCGCUCUUCCUUUACUCAAACUUCUCCUCUAGAGGGCACGCAAGCUCUAUCGCUUUCGUGUAUCAUUUCCGUUCGCCUUCACUCUUCAUUCUGCGCAUGUGCGUACUUCGCUUCCCUGCUACCAGUACCCUCCUUUAGCUGGCUUGCACCCAUUACGCCUGCGCAAUCUCAGCCCCUCGCCUCCACAGCCGUCCCCGGAAACGCUUCCUUCCUACGCAGCCGCUACUGGCGCCGCCGUCGCUGGAGCUUUGCCUCUCUAGGCCGGUAGGGCCUCUUCUCCAUGGUCCUGCCUGUCAGCGCUGUUUCGGGGGUCUACCGGUGAGGCCGAGCCGCGCUCGGAAGCGUCAGUCUUUGAGUCCGUCGGUCGUGCUGGGGCGGCCCGGGGCCGAUGGCGCCGCGGCUCUGACGGUAGCUCGGACGUCGGCCGUGCUCCGUGGGCCGGCAUGGCAGGCCAGUUCCGCAGCUACGUGUGGGACCCGUUGCUAAUCCUGUCGCAGAUAGUCCUCAUGCAGACCGUCUAUUAUGGCUCUUUGGGCCUGUGGCUGGCGCUGGUGGACGGGCUGGUGCGCAGCAGCCCUUCGCUGGACCAGAUGUUCGACGCCGAGAUCCUGGGCUUCUCUACCCCUCCAGGCCGGCUCUCCAUGAUGUCCUUCAUCCUCAACGCCCUCACCUGUGCCCUGGGCUUGCUGUACUUCAUUCGGCGAGGGAAGCAGUGCCUGGAUUUCACUGUCACUGUCCAUUUCUUUCACCUCCUGGGCUGCUGGUUCUACAGCUCCCGUUUCCCCUCGGCGCUGACCUGGUGGCUGGUCCAAGCCGUGUGCAUUGCACUCAUGGCUGUCAUCGGGGAGUACCUGUGCAUGCGGACGGAGCUCAAGGAGAUCCCCCUCAACUCAGCCCCUAAAUCUAAUGUCUAGGAUUGGGCCCUUUGGACUCCCUGCUGGGCACUUGUUCCCCCGAACACUUUGGGUUACUCAGGCCUUCCAGAUGAGGUCCAGCCCGGGUCUGAGAGGAACCCUGAAAAUGUGAAGUCUCUGUUGGUGUGGGAGAGGUAGUGAGGCCCCUUGAAGAAGGCAGGUAGCGUUCAAGAUCACAACUGCAAAAAUGGCCUCUGUCUCCUGAAGCUUUGGUGUCUGAGAGGCCAGGAAGGGGAACUCUUUGAGGGUAAUAACAGAAUUGGAACCAUGUCACUUUUGAGCCACCAUACCUGUCACCAGCCUGUUGUUUCCAAAAA